AUGUUCAAAUCAACACUCCUUUUGGCCCUGGCUGGUCUUUCUACUUUCGUUGGUGCUGUUCCUCUCCAGAGACGCAAUGCAGGCAAGCGGGGUCUUGCCUUUCCCAAGGAGCACAAUGGUCAACCGGGUUCCCAGUGGACUCAUCAAUUCGACUGGUCGGACCAGCUCUUCUGGAUGUACAACUGGGAAGCAGUCAUUAUCGGCGAUGCCAUUGACCUGGAAUACGUCCCUCUCCUUCACUCCAACCAGCCUUGGUGCACUGAGGGCUGGUUUGCCAACGUCGCUGCUGCACGCCAGAAAUACAGAGUCACUAGCAUAUUAGGCUUCAACGAGCCAGACCAGGCCGGCGGCGGAGGCAGCAACAUGGACGUUGGCAGCGCAGUCGCAGCCUACAAACAAUUCAUCAACCCAUUCGGUAAAGAAGGCCUUCGCCUCGGCUCCCCCGCCGUCACAAACGGAAACGAACCCAACAAGGGCAUCAACUGGCUCAAGCAAUUCAUGGCACAGUGCAGCGACUGCCAGGUUGACUUCGUCGUCGCCCACUACUACGCCUGGGACAAGGCCGAGGACUUCAAGAACUACCUCGAGAAUUUCCACAGCACCUUCAACAAGCCCGUCUGGGUCACUGAAUUCGGGGUCACCGAGGGCAACGCCGAACAAUUCCUCAAGGAAGUCCUGCCUUGGAUGGACAGCCAGUCCUGGAUCGAGCGUUAUGCGUACCACAUGGUUGCCCCUGACCAAGGCGCCCAGUUCCUCAUCAACGCUGCUGGAAACGCCUUGUCUGCUGCUGGACAAGUGUACGCUUCCAUUUAA